UGCUCCAACAUUUGUUAAGCGUUUAUUAACAAACUUUUCAUAGUAUCUACAUUUUAGAUUUAUGAUUGUGGCUAUUUACAAAAGUCUUAGUGAGGGCCCAAUAUUGGAAUUGGAAAAGACUUAUCUAUCUUUAAAGUGACAUAUUGGAAGAUAAAAUGGACUCAAGUGAGAUUUCAUCAGGUCCCGCAGAGGAACAUAAGUGUACUAUACUUGCAGCAGAAGGGGCGCAUACAAAGAAAGAAGAAAUCAAAUCUGUACCGCGUAGUUAUACUGAGGAUUCCAAAGUAGGAACACCCAAGUCUGACAAUCAAAGGAUAGGUGAGUGUGAAAAAGAAAUCCUUACUGAAGAUGAACCUAAAAAUCAGGGCAUAAACAUUUUGAAAGAAGGAUCGUUUAAGCGUGACAAAAGUAAAGACGAAUCGAGUUCAGAUAUGCAAGUUUCACCCGAAAUUUCUAAAAGUCACAAAAGACAGGACGAACUAGACAUAGAGAUGCAAGCCACUACGGAAGGUUCUAAUUCCAUGGGCAGUGUAAAAAAAUCUGACAAAUGGCCAAAUCCCAAAGAAAAUGUCCGAAAAAGGAACAAGUCGACCAACAGCAAGCCCAACAAAAACAGAAUGUCGACAUUGUCGUUGAAAUCGUUAAGUGAGAGUAUCCACGAGAAAGUGCAUGUCAGUCAUGACGUCAUACAGGCGUUAUCAGUCCGAGUCCUUCUGUUCAUCCACAGCUGCCUGUGUGUAUGGAGAACAGCAGACGUCAAAAAGGAAGACCUCUACUGGCUACUAGCCAUGACCAACAUCCUUCUCGGCAUCGAGGCUCUGUACACGUGUAUCUUCCGAAAAGGAAGGGAUCCAAAAUGGAUCUGUCCAUGUUUUGUCCUUUAUUUACUUGGAACUGUGCCUGCUAUAUGGUUUCUCCAGUUAGAUGUACUAGAGAGAAAGUUUAAUGUGAACGUAACCUCUAAUUCUUCAGCGGAGGAACUUUCUACAUUCUACGGGGUAAAAUUAAUCCCAAUAGCACUUGAUGCCGAGACAUGGGCUUCCAUUUUACAACAGUUGCUUUUGUUUGUCCUUGUUAUUGGACGGAUGAUACUGCCACGUGGUCAUUUAUCACGUGAUGAAUUAUCACAGACACUCUUCAUCUUCAUUGGUUCCGGAUCUGACGUCAUGGAAUUCUUCGUCGUGUUCGAAGAUCCAGUCUUCUACACGAAUACAGGACUGAAAUACGCCACGCUCAUCAUUUGGAGUAUAAGUUUGCUCCAGUUUAUCUUCGUGAUUGCGGUUGCCAAAGGACCUAAAAGGUUCCGCUUGGGGACCAUAGUCGACGAAAAGGAGAGUGAACACAAGAAUUUUGGGGCUGAAUUGUGGGGUCUGCUUAUAUCGAUUACAUUUAUGGAUGGCCCAUAUUUCGCUCUCCGCAUCUAUGCUAUAACUGUGCACAAGGUGUUAAGCUUUGGAAUACUUUUCUUCACAUGCAAAAAUGUUUUGAUGUUAAUUCUUCUUUUCUAUCGGUUGUUCAUUGUUGUUAUGAAAAUCAGAUCCAAACGAAAAGACGUACCACAAAAGAACCUAAAUUUUUCUUAAUGAUACAGCCAAUCAAAAAUAUAUAUUUAAAACAACACACACACACCCUCUCACACACACACACACACACACACCCUCACACACACACAAAACGUUAAUCUGCAGCAAUUCCUGUCUUUUAAAACAUUUAUCUCGGCGAUCAAGUUUCAUUUGUCUCUGAUUAAUACGAAGACGGAAAUGUCAACUUUCAAGGGAAAAUAAUUGUUGCGUAAAAUUCAGUCACCGAAAAAUUCUGCUCAGCAUUGAAACCUUUUUAUUUACUUAAAAAGGCGAUCAAAUUCCUCAAGAUUAUCAGAAUUCUUAACCCAUUGUGUACUAUUAUAUAUAUAUAUUUAAAAAGUUAUAUUUGCGUUUAUGCUUUUAUAAUUUAGCUCAUGUGAUAUUGUAUAUAAUUCUUUGAAAUACACUGUGAAAUAUGAAUAAUGAUUCUUCUCUCAACCCAUAACAUCUACAAAAUAUGUACGUGUUCUACUUUUUUUUGGCCAUGUCAUUGUGAUCUUCCGUAUUUUAUAUAAAGAAUAAACUGUAUUGAG